GUUCCCAACUUCACUUUUUUGCGCCGAACCGCAACGCACAGGAUCUCUAACGAAAAUGCCUCCUUCCAAGCGACAGAAGGUCUCGGAAAAGGGCUCCUCUGUCAAUGAGUUCCGCGUCACUGACAGAGACUCGUCUCCCGCCUCAUCGGUCGCCUCUCAACCCAAAGUCGAGGGUGGUGUUACUGCCGACGCUUCAGAGGAGGUCACAAAGAGCUUCAAGGAUCUCGGAGUCGUCGACUCGCUCUGCGACGCAUGCGCUAACCUCGGAUACACAAAACCCACUCCCAUUCAGGCACAGUCGAUCCCACAUGCCCUGGCGAAUCGCGACAUCAUUGGCCUGGCCGAAACUGGUUCGGGGAAGACAGCGGCGUUCGCGCUGCCGGUAAUCCAGGCUCUCCUGGAAAAGCCUCAAGCAUUCUUCGGUCUGGUAUUGGCACCUACAAGAGAAUUGGCCGCUCAGAUCGGCCAGCAGUUCGAAGCUCUUGGCAGCUUGAUCUCGCUCAGAACAGCAGUGAUUGUGGGUGGUCUGGAUAUGGUUGCUCAAGCCAUCGCCCUUGGCAAGAAGCCACAUGUCAUUGUGGCAACCCCCGGAAGGCUGGUAGACCACCUGGAAAAGACAAAAGGGUUCUCCUUGCGCUCUCUCAAAUACCUCGUCAUGGAUGAAGCCGAUCGGUUGCUGGACAUGGACUUCGGCCCCAGCAUCGACAAGAUUCUCAAGUUCAUACCCCGUGAACGCCGAACGUUUCUCUUCUCCGCCACCAUGAGCUCUAAGAUUGAGAGCCUGCAAAGAGCCAGUCUGCGUGAUCCCGUACGCGUCAGCAUCAGCUCCAACAAGUACCAGACCGUCUCAACUCUCCUGCAAUACUAUCUCUUUAUACCACACCAGCUGAAAGACACCUAUCUUAUCUACCUAGCCAACGAGUUCGCUGGUCAAAAACUAGUUGUCUUUACGAGGACAGUUUCCGAAACGCAAAGAUUGGCCAUCCUGCUCCGUACGCUAGGUUUCGGCGCUAUUCCCCUCCAUGGCCAACUCAACCAGACAGCCCGUCUCGGAGCCCUCAAUAAGUUCCGCGCCGGAGAACGAUCAAUCCUAGUAGCUACUGAUGUGGCUGCCCGAGGACUCGACAUUCCUCUUGUAGAUGUCGUCAUCAACCAUGAUUUGGCCCAGGAUUCAAAAACGCAUGUGCACCGUAUAGGCCGAACGGCGCGUGCUGGAAAGUCGGGCAUUGCCCUCAGCCUUGUUACACAAUACGACCUCGAAAUAUGGUUGCGUAUUGAGGCUGCUCUCGGCAAAAAGCUGGACGAGUAUCCCACGCAGAAGGAAGAGGUCAUGGUGUUCCAAAACCGUGUCGAAGAGGCACAGAGACAUGCUAGAAUGGAGAUGAAGAACCUAAUGGAGACGAAGGGCAAGAAGGGAUCUACGCUGAAGGGAAAGAGAGGCGGCGCGGGUGGCGGUGGAAAGCGGCGCCACGACGACAUGGAUGCCGAGGAGGGUUAAUGAGUAUCGGGAGACAAUGGGGCGUGAUACCGCUGUCUUGUGAACAUACAAACAAUGGUAUCCGUGUACUGGAGUUGAGAAUUAGAACGUCAUCAAGACUUUGCUGCAAGCUUGCAGAUGAGGUGAGAUGGAUGUUUGAGUAAUUCAGUAAUUGCAGAGCCAGCAUCAAAUGAACGGCAGGUGUAAUCAACACUUAGAAUGCCUAGUCAAUCAAGCCUGUUGACGAUGGCGAGGAAAGAAUGUGCAGAGACUGGAACGAACAUUCAGUCAAAGAGAAGCGCGAGGCAAGGGGUUGAGGCGGGAGUCAAGAGGUU